AUGGGUGGACGCCGGGACCUGGAUGGUCGCCGGCGGGUGGGAGAGCGGACGUUGGGGCCGGAAUGGCCAUCAGCUUUGAGCGCCCGCGUCGCACAGAUUGGGAGGGCAUUGACAAGAUCUGUGAGCCGCGAGCGCCUCAAGGGUCCGAUUAUCAUUAUGAUACCUUAUAGAUUUGAAGAGUUUCUGGAGCAUCUUGUGUCCUUGGUGGAGACAGGUGAGAUACCAAUGUCUCGGAUUGACGAUGCUGUUGAGCGGAUUCUGAGGGUCAACCUCAUUUCUGGAGUGUUUGAGCAUCCAUUUUCAGACCCAUCUCUGCAGGACAUGGUUCGUUGCAAGGAACAUCGAUUGUUGGCGCGUGAGGCUGUUCGCAAGUCUAUGGUACUUCUAAAAAAUGGCAAGAAUGAGAAUGAACCAUUCCUUCCUUUGGCCAAAAAUGUAAAAAGGAUGCUGGUUACAGGAACACAUGCUGAUGAUAUUGGAUUUCAGUGCGGUACAAGCAUAUUGGAGGCCAUAAAAGAUUCAGUGGGAGUGCAAACUGAAGUUAUCUAUGAGGCGUGCGCGACAGAAGCUACGAUUGAAACUGGGGAGUUUUCCUAUGCUGUUGUUGUAGUUGGAGAGGUUCCAUACUCUGAAUCUGUAGGAGACAGGACGGAUCUAAGCAUUCCAUUCAAGGGAUCUGACCUUAUCAACCGUGUCGCUAGUAAAAUCCCUACCCUAGUGAUUGUUGUUUCUGGAAGGCCCUUGGAUAUCGAGACACAAGUUAUGGAGAAGAUUUAUGCUCUAGUUGCUGCAUGGUUACCUGGAACUGAGGGCAUGGGAGUUGCCGAUUGCCUAUUUGGACAUCACGAGUUUGUUGGCACAUUGCCUGUGACGUGGCAUAGGUCUGUUGAUGAAUUGCCUAUAAAUGCUGGAGAUGCUAACUAUGACCCUUUAUUCCCUGUUGGUUAUGGGGUGAACAUGUUUCAAAGUGAUGAUAAUUCUACAUAA